AUGGCUUCCAAUACAAUUCCUAGUCCUGCUUCGGAGACUGCUGCUCCUGGCAAAUCCGACUCUUCUCAGAAAAACAAUGCCUCCCCAGCUCGUCGUUCGCGGCCUCCAAGGCCCAAUUACCGACACAUCCAUCGCUUCCCCUUCCCGGUCGAGGUGCAUCCUCUCCCUCCUCUCAUCCCCCAUAACCCUCUCUCGCUCGUCAGUGUGCUGCUGUCCUACCUGACGUACUUUAUUUCUCCCCCUCAUCAGGAAGUCUACUCCGCCUACUUUGACUCUGCCACAUCCUCGGUUCAUGUCACAGACCCUAAGGCUAUAAAAGCCCUCUGGGAGAUGGGUUUCUUUGGUAAGGGAACCCUGAGUCGAAGUGAGCCGAGCUGGCUUGAGCGUGAGAAGAAGAGACGAGGAUUACUUGGGGGGAUGACUAGCGAAGAGGUCACACGACAGCGGCGGACGGAACGUCGCGAGUUGAAACUGGAACGCGCGAGGAUGGAAAAGCUUGCCAUUGAGGAAAGACUUAAGGCCGAGGCGGCUGCUAGGGAAGGCACCGCGACGCCAAGCGAACAGUCAUCCCUCUCACCCACUCCGAAUGGUGUCUCUGAAGGCACAGUACCAAUUACGGAGAAGUUCUCCCUGAGAAAAGCACGGGAAGCCAGGGAAGCCAAGCUCCUUGAGUCACAACGUCCAGUAUCACAAGACGGCAAUACACGCACCCCUAACUCCGCCGGAAAGCGGUCACCUAGUGGCAGCAAAACUGAGCCAGAAUUAAGUAAUGAAGAGCACCUUCAAUUAUCUAACGAAGAGGCCUUCUUCCUUGCAUAUGGGCUGGGAGUCUUGCGUGUGCGCGAUGAUACUCGCACAUCCGAGAUUCCUACAUCUUCCCUGUUGCCAUUAUUAUGUCAACACUCUUACUUCCCUCCUGGAGCUCCGUCAGCGGAUCCCACGCCGGACGACCCAUUUAUAAUAUCCUAUGUUGUGUACCACCAUUUCCGGUCUUUGGGGUGGGUUGUGCGCUCCGGAGUGAAGUUCGGUGUGGACUAUAUCCUCUACAACCGUGGGCCGGUCUUCUCACAUGCUGAGUUUGCUGUCGUGGUUGUCCCGUCCUAUGGUCAUGGCUACUGGUCUGAAACGGCCGAGCGCAAGGCCCAGUGUGAGGAGAAGAUGGCGCGCAGUUGGUGGUGGCUGCAUUGUGUCAAUCGAGUCCAGGCCCAGGUGAAGAAGAGCUUGGUAGUAUGCUAUGUGGAAGUGCCUCCGCCAACGUCCUACGAGCUUGACACUCCCUCGGAAGAGGAUAUUGGUGCGAUGUUGGCUCGUUAUCAAACGCAGGAGGAUAGCAUCGACAUCGCGAAGCUGCAACGCGUCGCGUUGGGGCUUCUCCAAUUUCAUGGCUUGGGGACAGUUGCAAAUCACAACUGUCACCCGGAAGCCCAUAAAAAGUCGCCGUUUUCCUCUCCCGCUCACGAGAAGGCUCGAAUAUCCCCGACGCCGUCGUCGCCUUCACAGUCAUCCUCGCGAUCACAUAAUGCCACAACUUCGAUGAACACGAACGCAGCAUUCAAAGCCAACUCCACAAACCCUUCUACGGCCCCAGUGCCUCCGUCUACGAAAAUGCCUUCAGUCGAUGCCGUCCCUUCGGACACGCAGGUCGUCUCCCAGUCGGUUUACGAUGAAAUAAUAAGGAAGAACCAGGAAGCUGCGGGCAACGCUCAGGAGAGCAAUUUGGGUGAUCAGGCAACGCUUAUGACCCUUCAUGAGGGCGAUAGCGGUCAUCUUGACUUGCUAUCUGGCUACGAUCCUCUCCAUACUGAUGCUGCCAACGAGGACCUUGAGGAUCAGAGUAGCUCUAAGCUAGGAGAAUCUUCGCCCAUGCUGCAUCAGCCGAAUCUUUUUCCAGAGUCGCAGCGGUUCUUGACAAAGACUCCUAUGACGGCAGUGAAGCGUGCCCAUUCUGAAGGUCUCGCCACUGUGUCUCCCACUGCUUCGCGGAAUCCCCUCGCGGCAGACAUCGGGUCAAGCGGUGGGAUAUUGGCAUUAAGUCAGGUAUUCAGGGCAACUCAGGCACCAUCGUCUCCUCUAGUGAACGGUCAACAUUCCGACCUCGUGUCAGACCGACCUUCUCCUAAUAUACCCAUCCAGAGCCAUCCGGUCGCGACAACGCUCUCCUCACCUUACAAUAAUUUCGCCGCAACCUUUCCACGGGACACGUCCGCCAACAAAUGGAACUACAUCAGCAUGCAGGAAUCCCAAGCCAACCGGGAUAAGGCAUUGCAUGAAAGAAUGACACGUUCUGCAAACCAUGUGUACUCGGACCAAAGCGACGGGGAAUUUGAUAAGGAGCCUAGUUUUGUUGAGCGGAUGAGGCGCCGGAAGAUGUUUGACCACGAGGCUGAUGCUCAGCUUGUGGAGCUCACAGCACCUGCGAGGCCAUCUAGUCGGCGUGGUAAUCAAGCGAACAUGAUCAUAAAUCCCGUAUCUGAAGUGCCGGAAGGGCCAGAUCUGACUGAUGGGUCUUCUGGAGAAGUCGAGGAGGUGAGAGAGCAGGGGUCUACCGGGCUGCAGCAUGGGGCGCUCAGCGAAGAAGAAACGGAACAAGAGCAAGAGGAUGACUUGGAACAGCCCACGCCACGGCCUUACGAGCUCGAUGGUUCAGCUGAGGAGGAUAAAGAAAAUUGCCACGACCUUUCCACAACCAGUGCUGCUGCUGCGAGUGCGCAUGAUCGCCUAUCGCAAGCUCUUGCCUUGCAUGAAAGUCCAUGUCCAACCAAUGGGGAAGCGGUAAACGAGCGAGAAAGGUCGCUUUCGCGCGUUGGAAGUUUUGUACAGGAUGAGCAAUUGCAUGAAGGCUACUCCUCACAGGUCUCAGUCAUUAAGGACUCUCAGCGCUCCGCUGGUCGGAGAGAUCCUGGUAAUGACGGCACAGAGGAGCAAUGGACCGCGCAGCGCAUACAUCAAUCCGGCUCUCAGGCUCAUAUGGAGCCUUUGUCUAAUGUAGACAGAGCAACUCCAUCGCCCACAAAGCAAGUCCGUAUACGUUCUUCUCCCCCUUCAGCGUCCCAGACCAGCCGACGAUCGCUCGAGCUAGGCCGCGCUCACUCCGUAAGCAGGACAGGAUCAGAGCUGGGCAGCCCAUCUCCCUCCCAGACUCCACGGGCCUCGUUGGCGCAAGAGCGUAACAUGAUUGAGUCAAGCAACUCAGCUGUGCAGGGGGUUGCGGAUACAGGCGAUGCACCAUCUACGUUUGAUCGUCCCGAGAAGUCCUCAUCGAUGCCCUCGCGCGUCGCCGAGACUCCCGUUGCUCCCAGGGCUUUUGCAGAAAUUGUACCAAUGACAAGCAUUCCCGAAACGAGUCCCAGCCGCCUUGGUCACCAAAGAUGGCCGAACGACCAUAAUACAACCGAUGCAGCCGAUCAGGAAGAUGAUGACUUGCCACCGGUGUACAUGGAUGCGCACGAACGAGGGUCUCGUUCUCAGCCGAUGGUUUCAGACAGCUCGUCGCCUAUGAAACCUUCUUCGUUCCAUAAUUCGAAGAUUCUCUCCAGCCCAAGUGGCAGACAACGCAGGGCACUGACGGAAAUCGCAGCUGAUGCUUCACCACAAAUGGGUGCUGGCUCCUUCAACCUCGACAUUAAUAUUCUGUCCGCCGAUGACCGGGAGUUCCGGUCUGCGGUUGCAAUGUCUCCUAUUCAGCCAAGGAAGAAGCGCCGCGGUAAUGUUGGACAGAGUAUUUACGCUUCCGACCCAGUUUUCCCUGUCACACCUCGCGCGCCUACUCAUGUCGUGCCUCCUCCAGAGAAGAAUAUGCCACCUAUCACUGAGACGGAGCCGGAAAAGCCGGCUGAGCCGGCUACCAAGCCAAUGCCAGCCUAUCGGAGACGGGCAAAACCCUCUAGAAGAGCGGAAAGCAUAUGGGAUAUGGAUGACUCUACACAGUAUCACCUCUCUCGUAAAGAGAGGUCUCGGAUUCUAGCUCGCUCUCAUCCGGUGAAACAGGUACCUACUGAGGUCGAACAGCAUGUUCCCAUCCAAGAAGAUCUGCCUGCCAUACACGAGGACCAGGCGGCCAGUUCAAUGCCUGAGCCAUCCACACCUGAGAAGGAUCCAGUCACGGAAUCUCCACCUCGAGUUCAAUAUCCAGCUCAGCCUUCAGUCGGUCACGAUAACGUACCUAUCGCGGUCAACCAAGUUCUUGCCCCUUGGAGUGGUCCAAAGCGCGCGUACUAUCCUGCAACGUGCUUUGGCAAGCCAUUUGGCACAUCGCAGUCGCGGUACCUGAUUCCUACUGGAGCGGUGAAACGACUUGAGCUGCGUAUCGGUGAUGGUGUGAAGGUGGAUAUGCGUGAUGUUCCCAAGCUCAGUUUGAGUGAUAUCGAACAGGGAGCUGCGAACGGACUGAUUCCUAUGACCGAUGUGUAUGGAUAUUCCUCCGUUAUCCUGACACCGAAGCAGCGCAAGAAGAACAGGAUUACUGUUCCUAUAUCCCGAAUCUACCUAGAUACCAUCCUUUGGAAUCAAUUGAAAGACCGGGCAUUCAGCUAUGAUUCCGAACCUUCUUUUUCCCAGAACGGACCCCAAACGCCAGCCGACAGGCACUCCACGCCCAUGUCCCCUGGUGCUCGACUCUCGCGCAGCUUCCGUUUUUCCACUGGUCUAUUUGCUGGUAUGGUAUUUGCGGUAUCAUAUGGAGACAACAACGAGGCCAAAUCGCGUAUCACAAGGAUGAUAAUGGAGAACGACGGCCGGAUUCUAGAGGACGGGUUCAACGAGUUAUUCGAACUCCCUCCCACUCCAGUCCCUAGUACCCAAAACGGCCAUCUCCGGCUGACCAGUGGUGCCGCAGACGUGGGCUUCGCCUGUCUAAUAGCCGAUAAACAUUCCCGUCGGUCGAAGUACAUGCAAGCUCUGGCUCUCAAUCUCCCCUGUCUCUCAGACCGCUGGAUCGAGGACUGCGUUUCCCGAGGACAAAUCCUCGAUUGGGAAAUAUACCUCCUUCCAGCUGGGGAGUCCACCUACCUUAACGGCGCAACCAAGUCCAGAUUCUUAACCCCAUACCCUGCCACAGAGGCCCGACUGUCCGAGACCAUUGCCGGACGGCCAAAUCUCCUCAACGGACAGUCAGUUCUUCUUGUCACGGGACGCAGUGGGCGAGCAGACGAGGAGAAACGCAAGGCGUACCUCUUCUUGACAUAUGCGUUGGGUGCUUCUCGUAUUGAGCGCGUGCCUGAUCUCAAGUCUGCGCGUGCGAUCCUGAGUGCGACGCAGACGGAUUGCACCAGCUGGAACUGGAUCUAUGUCGAUGAUGAUGAUCGAGCGUCCUCCGCCAAAGCCAUGGCACUAGGAAGUUCAUCGUCGACCGCCGGUUCGCGGAAGCGUAAGCGGUCGAAGCUGAUGGAAUCCGUUGACAGCAAUGAGCUAGGAGUGAACAGUAAUGUCAAGAUUGUCGGCAAUGAGUUUCUCUGUCAAAGCUUGAUCUUGGGAAAGUUGUUUGACCAGUAA